AUGAACGAUCAGCCGAGUACGUCGGACAACGUGAAUCGACGUCGUCGCGUCAAGAGACCAAAUUAUCUCGAUGAGGAUCAUGCUGUGAUCGCGGAUGUUGCUGUUCGGCCAACUCGAGCGUCAUCUCCGGACAUUAUAGCGUAUGACGGACCAUCGACGUCGAAAUCAGUACCAACGGCGACGCCGCUGCCGCCGCCAUCGGCGAUUGAUCCGAAUCAAGUGCUACCAAAAAUGCAGAGCUUGGAAGCCUGCCGCAAGGUUUAUAAUGCGACACUAUCGGCUCUGAAAGAUCCAAAGGCGCGGAAGAAGGUGACGACGGCGAAUUGCUUCGACAGCCCGCUGCCGUUGUCGUUGUUCGACGUCAGAAUUAUGAGCAAGCAGGAGGAUGUGAAGAUUCAGGAUCUGACGGUUAUAAUGGACUCGGCGACACAGUUGUUCAGCUAUCGCGUCGAUCGCUACUGGGCGGAUAGUCGAAAUUUGUACUACGCGAUGACGAAGGGCGAAGUUCGCGAGGACGAUGAUCCGUCGAAGAAUGACGAGACGCUCGCCGAGAUUGGCGGACGCGGCCGCAAAAAAGUCCACCCGCCGCCCGACAACAGCUAUAAUGCGAUGCAGAAGAUUCUGAAUUGCGAGGACGCGAAGCAGAAUGAGCGCGACGAGCAGGAUGUUGACGAUGAUGAGCCGAAUUCGAAUGAUGAGAGCGCCCAACUCGGCGAUGAUGGAAUUGAUACCGAUGGCGAAUGGGAUGAGGAUUGCGACAUCGAUCGGAACAUUUAUAUGCUCAAACAUAAGCGGCUUGAUGCCCUCCGAAAAGAUAUUGCCAAGAAUAGUUCGUCGUUUGUGUUCACUGAAACGUCGUCCAUUGAUCUGAAUAAUACGGAUAUUGAUUGGUUGCGAUCUAACUCGUAUUAUCAGAAGGCGGUGAUCGGAAGCGCCGACGAUUUGACGUCAUCGUAUCACUCUCUUCUUUAUAACGGAAUCACGUCGGGCGAUGGUCGGCUGUUCAAGCUUCAUCCUCGCAUCGAGGACAUUGAUAAGCCGCCGAUUGAUGAGGAUGUGAAUUAUGAAUUGGUCCAAUAUUUCAGAGAAAUAUUGGUGAAUGGAAUGUCGGAAACGCCCAAAGAAUUGCCCAACUUUUUGAUGUUCGAAGUGCCGGAUCGCCCGAAGACUGGGGAAUUCAAACUGGCGAGGACGAUGACGAAGCAGAAAACUGGAGACGGCAGCAUUAUGAAUGACAUGACGGUGUUGAUACCGUAUCCGAGCGCAUCGGCGGCUUCUGGGCCAUUGACGAAUGAUACAAUGAUGAAUAUGACGGAAAUGGGAUCGAUGGCGACGAUUUCUGACGAUGCAGCGGCGGAAAAGAAUCAAGAUGGUGAUACUCCCGAGCCGUCCACGUCGGGACCGACGACGCCUUCUGCUGCUCGAACGCCGACGAUGUCGUACCUGCAUAAUCAUUCAUUAAUUCGGGCUCAAGAGUAUAAUCCGAUGGAUCUGGAUAAGAUGAAAAUGCCCGACUCGCUUGAUCACAUCUUUCCAACUCUUUCGGAAUUCCCAACCGAUGGCCUCAAAGCAAUUAUCGAGGCGAAAAUGGAGAUAAUCGAGGAUAGUGAUGAAUCGAAAAAGGUGUGGAGGCGAGGAAUGUUGGCUGAGGAAUGGGAGGAUCCGCAAUCGGAUAUGUCGAAGGAAAUCGGAAGUGUCGUGGCGAGUGGAAUCGAUAGCUACAUUGCCGGAAUGGAUUAUAUGGUGAAUGCAGAGGUUGUGAAAAUGGUGGUUGGUAAAGACGAUCUCGCGCGAAUCUCGAAUAGUGAGGAUGGUUGCGAAUUUAUAUCGGGGAUUCAAUUGCGAACCUAUACGCCGCCGGUUGGCACGUUUUUCUUCUUGAGACCCACCGAUUCGUAUAAGAAGCUUUACCCGUUGGAUCGAAAGGAUCAUUUUGUGCAGAUCGAUUCGCAGGACGAUGAUAUACCGAUUUCAACUGAGAGCGAAGAGAACGAAGAAGUGGUGAAUUCCUAUUACGGACCGGUUGAUGACCUUCAGUUUGAAGACAUUUCGAUUUCCAAUGCGGCCGAGCGAGCGGCUGAGGAAGCGCAAAAUCCGGAGCCGGCCAACACGGAAGACGAAGCGGUGACUGAUACAUUGUUUGGGCAUGUUGAACAGACUGAGGAGACGCUUGAUCCAAUGGUUGAUCGUAGUAUGAUUGCCGCGAAAGCGGCGGCGAUAAGCGCCGACGAGGUGCCGGAGCUGAUUGUCGGCGGUCGAGCGCCGGAACGAAUUGUGGUGCGACCCGAAGUUGAGGCGGAAAUUCAGAAUCUCGGCAAAGAGGACAACUCGCAUUGGAAGGCGGGCGGCGGCGGUGGCGACGGAAAAGCGCCACGGAAGAAGCGCGAACGCAAAACGCGCAAAAAGAUUGGCAUCGACGAUUUUGCGCACUAUUUUGCCGACAGUUCCGAUGUUGAUUUCGUCGAGAAGGUGACGAGCGUGUUGUGCACCGAAAUUCGGAGUCCGGCGACACUUCAUAUGCGAAAAGAGCAGAUUUAUUAUGACGAUUUGCCGACGGAUGUUAAACCGCACGUUGCUUAUGAUUUCGACUCGUUCUGCAAAUAUGGGUUGUUCUUUAAGAAGAAAUAUGGAAAGUUACGAUUUGAGAGGGUUCCGACGAAAUUGACGCGAAGAGAGGAGGUGCUGGUGGAUGAUUUGAAGGGCGAGCAGCGCGAUGCCGAUUGUGUUCAUUGGCUUAUGACGUUUAACGCGUUCAAAUGCUUCUAUGAAGAUGAUGAACCUGCGCAGGAAACAACAACAGACGAUUCUUCGGCGCCUGUAGAUGAUGACGGAAUUGUCGAGAAACGGAGCACAAUGGUGUUUGAUGAUAGCGAUGAUAAUGGGAAUUCUGAGCUGCUGAGGCAGGAAGCACUUGCGCGAAUGACGGGACUGAAUCGCGAAAAACUAGUGAAAGCCAUGAUUGAAAACGAUUCUAUGAGAAGAUUGAUGGGCCGUUUGCGAUCCGAUGGGCUGGAGGAUACUGGAUUGGGAGAUGAUAUUAGUGGAGCCAAUUAUCGGCCGACGAAUAUUGAUGCGUUGAAGCAGAAGAAGAGUAUUGCGGGAGUUUUGAACUCGCAAAAGCUCAGUUAUCCGACUUUGGUUGGAUUUUUCAAAGUGAUCAAAGAAGAGCAGAGCAAUAAGACGUUGAUGAUUCAAGGGAUUUCCGAGGAGGAUCAGCGAGCGUCGAUGAUGACGCCGGCGCCGGAUUCGGAGAAUUUGCCGAAGGAUGGUCUCGAUUCGGUGUUUAAGCUGAAAACGCCGGAAAAGAUUGAGAUUGAUGUUCCGGAGGUGAUGCAUGAGCUUCAAGAAGUUCCGAUUGAGCAAGAUGAUAAUAUGCCGCAAACGGAGGAUGACAUUGAUCCAUCGAAUCCGCCGGUGGUUAAAGUCAAAGUCGCCGGCGUUCACACCUAUUUGUCGCUUUUGGCUUGCUUGUGGAGUCGGGCGAAUGACAACAAUUUGAAUCCGGCGUCGUGGUUCUCGUUCUUCCUUCAUCUUUGCAAUGAGAACAAUUUGCGACUUCAUCAGGAUCGAACGAAUCGCAAUUGGAUGACGGACUUUUUGAUUAUGAAUGAGAAUGAUGAGAUUCCCGAAGAUAUUGAGAUUGGCGAUGAAUCGACGAUGGAUAGUUUUUGGCGCGAUUGUCUUGAUCCAUACGCGGAAUUGGCGCCGGUGCAGCCGUUGACGAAUGCUGCCGGCCGACCUCCGCAACCAUCGGUGUCUUCAAAGGUGACGGUCAGUCUGGCGGAUAUUCUGGAAGAGGACGACGAGAUUGAUAACCUGUUUGGCGACGAGGUGCCUGCACCUCCAGAAGCGUUUGAGGAUGAGCUGGGACCAUCACCGACGGACUAA